AUGAGUCCCAGCCCUCCGUCCCCUGGUUUCCACUUCCAGCCCAGCCGCCGCCCAGCCCAGCCAGCCCUCCGAGAGCCCAAGGCCCUUGGCCCAAGGGUGUCACAUCCCUCCGCUCCCUUUCUCCACAGCUCCAAAGUCACUGCUAACAUUUCGCUGAGCUACAGCCUAGGUAUCCGUACAAGACACACAGAGUCCACUUCACACGCGAACGCCCGCCCAUCCGCAAGCUGGGAGCCUGCGACCACGGCCGCUCAGGGUGCUCUAGCCUCACUCGCCCCGUCGUCAUUGUCACCCGCCCUGUCGGUCACUGUCGCUGCCACCACGAACUGCCCACUGCUUAGGCACAGCACAGCACAGCACCGCACCGCACCGCACGGCAUCACUUCAGGCCCUCCUGCUUGCUUUGCUUCGCUUCACUGCAACAGAAACAGGGAGAGAGACGGUGCUGCAAAACCUGAAUCACGAUUCACCGCAAACGCAACCGCAGCCCACGCACCACCUACUGCCACCCAACGACCCUGUGCCCCGUGGUUACCUUUCAGUCUCUUGUCUCGCGACGCGAACUCUCGACCUGAUCUUUGUCUCCCUCUCCAGUCUACUCCCAUCGACGACACGACUUCAGACCAACUUAUCCCAAUCGAGAAUACAAUUCUAUUCCUCUAG